AUGGAAAGUGCACUAUCAAAUGUCAAUGGGAAGAUAUGGUUACUCAUAGAUGAAGAUGUGGAGUGGGAGCUCCUGAUAGACACUGAACAACAACUAACAAUCAAAGUAUUACAUCAUGGAAUUGGUAAGCACAUCAUUAUGACCUUUGUAUAUUCAAAAUGCUCCUCACAGGAAAGACUGGAGCUGUGGAAUAAUUUGUAUUAUCUUGCUUCUGAUAUGGAACUCCCUUGGGUGGUUGGAGGAGAUUUCAAUGUAAUCCUUGGAGAAGAAGAGAAGAUAGGAGGAUUUCCAGUGUACCCCCCAGAGUAUGAGGAUUUUGCCUUUUGUAUUAAUUCAUGUGGACUGUUUGAUCUUAGUUACAAAGGCAGUCCCUUCACUUGGUGGAACGGCAGGCCAAAUGAAGAAUGCAUAUUCAAAUGCUUGAACAUAUUCUUUGUUAACUUGCCUUUCCAAUCAUUAUUCCCUAACAUAGAGGUGGAGCAUCUCAUCAGAACAGGCUCAGAUCAUGCUCCCCUCUUGAUGAGUUGUGGAGAGGAGGCAAUGCAAUUUGUUAAACCAUUCAAGUUCUUAAACUUCUGGACCAAACAUGAAACCUUUAUAGAAGUUGUUAGUUCCAAGCAGAAGCUAAAAAGGGUUAAGCUUGCUCUUUCUAAAUGGAGAAAACUCACUUAUGGGAAUAUAUUCAAGCAGUUGGCAAUUAGAGAAGAUGUGGUUAGAAUUAAGGAGAUUUUGUUUGAAGAAGCACCAACAAUGGAGAACAGAGGAAUACUUCAACAAGCUCAAGCUGAAUUGAAGAAGUAUCUGAACAUAGAGGAGCAGUAUUGGAAAUAA